AUGCAGCCAAAAGCGACAGCGUCUACUGAUACAUCUAGUCGAUUACCUUCUCCUGAUUUCUCGACAUUUACACCGGACGAACUUGAACAAUUAGAAGAUGUUCUACAGAAGCAAGUGCUCAUUGAAUGUGAGCGCAAUCAACGAUUAUCCGGCCUACGGCGCACGAUGGUACAUCUACAGCAAACAAUCAGCAAUGAAUAUCAACGACAACGACCGUAUUCGUCAAAUAGUACUUCGCCGGUACAACAAAAUCAAACCUGUUUAUCAUCAUCAGAUAUAAUUCAGUGUUACAUUUGUUAUUCCACAAUUGACGUUCAGUCCAAUCAGUUACCGCUAUCACCACCCGUCCUGUGUGCCGAUUGCCAUCAACCGGUUUGUCGACGGUGCGGUAAUUAUACUUCACCUGAGCUAAUCCGAGCGCAUUAUGAAAGUAAUACUGAAAAUCAAAGUGUUACAUCGAAAUGGCGUUGUCGGAUGUGUAUUGUACGACGUGAAGUGGUCAGGAAAUCGGGUAUGUUCUUCGAAUGGAAAAUCUAA